ACAACACAAGAAGUCACGGCUGUAAAGGUGUGUUUGUGUGACAAACAUGGAAGGGGCAUGUGCAAAAUGGCAGCACAGAGGUUCUGGUGAGAAGAGUGGGACCCAGCUUCAGUUUAUCAAGGGCUGCAACAGUGUACCCGCCAAGAUUGCCACCACCAUCCGUCUUCGGGACCUUUAUGAUCCCAAGCCUCAACCUGCCAAAUCCCCAGUCCGGAUCCGCCCUCCAAGUCCGAGACCUCCCACCGUAAAGCAACCCGAAAUUAAGCAAAAUGUGGUCAGGGAGCCUCCAACUAAGACGAUCAUGAGCAAACGAAUUCGGUCUCGGUCUCUUUGUUCAGUUGCAGAGGAGGAAGAGAUCAGGAGCCCACAGGUUCGCUUUGUGGACUCACUGGGGAUUGAGCUAGAACAAGUGAAGGUCUUCAAAGUUCAAGAGCACCCCAUGAUACCCCAGCAUGUCAAGUUCAGACUAUUGAUGAGCUCUGAACAGGCCUACGGGAAGAAACUGGAGCUGUCCCUGCCUUACUUCAAACCUUGUUUCCCUGAAAAUAUGGGAGCUCAACCAGACUUCCUGAAGCGUCUGUGCACCCAGACCGUGUGCCUGGAGCAGGUCCUGUGCUCAGAGGUGGGGAUUACAGGGACUAUACAAGUUCUUAAUUUAGCCUUUGAGAAAGAGGUCACAGUGCACUAUUCUUUCACCAACUGGAGAAUAAGCUCAGAUACAACAGCAUUCUGGGUAUCAAGUGGGAACCGCAAAGAAGCCGAUGCUCCAGAAACAGAUAUCUUCAGAUUUCGACUGCCUGUGCCACCCUUCAUUAUGGAGCCAGGAGCCAUUUUGGAAUUCGCCAUCUGCUUUCAUGUGAAAGGAUCUAAUCGUUGGGACAACAACAAUGGGAAGAAUUACAAACUGUCGUGCCACAGCUACAAGGUGACUGUGCCAAGGGAGUGUGAGGAUAGCAUGCUGCAUUUUACCUGAGUGGCCAC